GUCGAAUUGCCCGAACCUCCUGAAAGCCAUUAUAUGGCAUUGGAGGACAGAACUCGUUCACAAAUGAUGGCAGAUGCCAGUCCACUCAGCAGCGAACAAACCAGCGAGUACGCUUCUCUUGAUCUAUACACACGCUCUUGGGAGAUUCCUAGAGAACAUGUGACAGUAAAGCAGAUCAUUGGAAAAGGUGCUUUUGGUCAGGUUGCCAAGGCAAUAGCCGUUAACCUACAAGGGAGAGCCAAGGAGACGAUCGUAGCAGUUAAAAUGUUGAAAGGUACCAAAAAAUAAGGUCAUGCUUUACUUGGUCUUUGAACUGACUUAGAAGUCUAUCUUGAGGCUCGUUCUACUUGAUGCAGCGAUAGAAUUUUAAGAUGUAAUGUAAAUAUUUCCCCUUGAAUGAUGGUUGCAUUUAGAGUCUCGACGCUUUAUGUUCACUAAGAAAAGCACUUUAAAUAUGGUGUAGAGUCGCAUAAUAUUCAUCAAUCUAUCUAUCUCUCUAUUUCUCUGUCUACCCCUCUAUCUGUCUAUCUCUCUGUCUAUGUCAAUCCAUUUAUCAGCCUUUCUAUCUAUCAAUCUGUCUUUCUACUGAUUUAUCCAUCUGUUUUCGUUUACCUAUAUAAUGAUACAAUUGAAUGAUAUGAUUGUGAUUCAUUUGAAAUAUUAUUCGACCAUGAUUGAUCGGAAAUCCUGUUGCAGAAAACGCUUCUGAAUCAGAGAGAAAGGAUUUGCUGUCUGAACUUGAAUCAAUGAAACAACUUAAACCUCAUCCUUAUGUUAUCAAACUUCUGGGAUGCGUUACCAAGUCUGGUAAAUACUGAAAUGUUUAUUAUCAAAUAUGAUUACCUUCAAACAAAAUUAGGUUUUAAAGUAUAGAUAAGUAUCUUUUUUCUCAGGGUAUGUUGGUGUUUUAGCCCAAGAGAAAAUUUCUUUUAAUUUAUAUAGUAUACCGUAAUUAUUCGAUUUGGCGCCCAGGGCACUUGUUUCCUUGGUAGGCAAGGGGAGGGUGCUUAUUUGAAACAGGGCGGUAAUCAGGGACAGAGCGCUUCUUGUUUAAGCCAAUAGAAUGAGUGAAACAAAGCUUUGACGUUUAUUUGAAAAGGACAAAAAAGAAAUGGAAAACGGGAUUGUUGCCUCUACACCCUUCCUGGUUAGAAGGAAGACCCAAGUAAACGCGGCAAACUUUUAAUCCGUUUGACGGAACUGUGCAUUCACAUGGACGUAAUAGUUGAGAGACUGAGACGAAGGCCACUGUUCUUACAAUGAAGCCAUAUGUGAACAAUAAAACGAAGAUGAACCACGGUUGAACUCAAUGUACAUGUACUCUAACAGUGCUAUAACUGAAACAGAAUAGGGGUGCUCAUUGUUAUGAGACUGCUUAUGCAAUAAGGGCCCUUAUUAGAACACGGGAGCUUUUUUAGAAAAAAACAAAUUCGAGGGGAGCUUAUUAGAGAGGGGGCGCUUAGUGAGUACGUUACUCUACAUCUUGCUCCUCAAAAGGGUAUCCAGUCGUGUUGUACGCACAGUCGUUUCGUACCCAAAUUUAGUCCAUUUGUACUCAGUUUGAGUCGGUUUGUAUCAGAAAUAAUUCACGCGCGAGUGCGUGGACAGAUCUUCGUUGUUGCGAACGACAAGUAAGUAGAGUCAAGCGAGUAAGAUUUAAGCAAAAUUCCGUUUUGCGUACUUGUGACCUUCUUAAGAUAAAUAAUUUGAUUAUUGCCUUGUGCAAGGUAAGUAUCAUUUUUUUAAAAUUUAAUAGUCUAUUGUUAACACUUGUGACUUUGUUAGCAAUAACGGCUAAGUGACUUUGUUAACAAUAAGUGUAAGAGUGAUUUUUUUCCAUCCUUGUUAUUAAAGGUAAUAAAUUCACUUAUUCUUCACUUAUUCGCUAGUUGCACAUAUAAAAAUGGACGCCACGGAAAAAAAACGUAUAUAAAGCAGGAAAUAUUGCUAUUUCAAAUAUGAGACCAACGUUACUUUAAAGAUGCUUAACAUAUAAAACAUACUUUAUUAAUUUGGGUAUGAAACAACCCAACUGACUGGGUACAAGUCGACCGGGCUGUGUAAGAAACGACUGAUAGCCUUUAAAAGCGAUCUUCAGUUAAUGGGAGACUACGAAUACUACAUCCUUUUUCCGAGAAGUCAAAGAAAAAUCGGUGAAACAAAUUUGAGACGGGAAGUUAUGGGUACGCCAAGAAGCGACCCUACUAUUCGUGUGCCUCACACCCAGAGGUCUACGCGGCCCUCUUAGUCUAAGCUAAAGUAAUUGUCUUGAGAUCAAUACGUAAAAUGUCACUUGUAGGAUACUUAUCUACUCGGUUGAUCCCCGCGGCGUUUAGUACGUUUUUAUUGUUUUUGAGGGGGUCUUUGUUUAAGGGUAUAGUCCAUUUAAUUCGCCCUAUCAUUCCAUCAGCUAUUAUUUCCAUUUCUGUUAACUUUUGGGAGAAGCGGCUGACCGACGCUUAAAGCUUGGGCAUAUUCUAUUCUUGCGUGCACGUGUGAGGUCUCGAUGGAGUUUAUUUGACAGCAAAGAAGUAGACAGAGUUUUAUACCAUCUGCUGAAUAGCAGCGUAUGUAUUAUCAAUAAGUGAGAUCUAAGAUCAACAAAAUUUUCUGGUGGACCAGAAAUGAGCCAAGACCAAAACUGCGUGCUUAAGGGAGGGAAUCUUUUUGGUUGUAACGAUUAAGAUAAAACAUGACCUCCUUUACACAAAAUUUUUAUACGAUGUCAGUUCUGUGGCAUUGACUUUUUACCCCUUUACAAUUGAUUUUCCGAGUUUAUAAACUUAUGGUUACUUUGUUCUAAAAUAGAUUUACAAGAAUUGUGAAUUAUUGAAUCGUACAGUAGUGAAUAUUGUAUUUUCUUAUAAACGUUGAAUAAAUGUCGAACUCUUUCAAGUGGCUUUGGCGUUUAUUGGAGAGUGACGUUUAUUGGGGCAUAUAAACGAGUAUUUGCGAAACUGUCUUUGUCUCCCUAGAGCCACUGUUUGUGCUGAUAGAAUAUGUUCCUUUUGGGGAUCUGCUGGGUUACCUGCGAAAGAGCCGUGGAUUAAAUGAUACUUACUACAGAGACCCGGAUAUCAAACCACAAACAAAUCUGACCUCACAGCAGCUGAUGAAGUUUGCUUGGCAAAUCGCAGAUGGAAUGUCCUAUUUGUCAUCGAUAUCCGUGAGUGUUGUAAUUAUUAUUUGAAUGACGUCCUUACAGAACAAGGCCUCAUUUGUCACUCAAUAACCUUACUUUACAUUGAAUCGUGGACUCGCUGCCUAAGAUGUCAUCCCAUGUCAGCUGAGUCAGUCCCUUAAGUCUCUUUUUUCGUGAAAGGGUGCUUUCCAAGAGAAACGUUUUUUCUUUGUUCAAGAUUAUUCAUAGAGAUCUUGCAGCUCGUAAUGUGCUAGUUGGAGAGGAGGAAACUUGCAAAGUGACGGACUUUGGAAUGGCCAGAGAUGUGCAAGAGGACAAUAUUUACGAAAGAAAAACUGGGGUAUGAAUGUUUUUAAGAAAACAUAUAAUGUUUUAGUAAGCCUGAAGAUGCCUCACUGGAGUGAUUGCUCAAAGAAAACAAGCUCAGUAAAUCGUUUAAGGUUUUCAGGAACUUUCGUAACAGUGUUCUGGCCAUUUGAAGUAUUAAUACUUUUUAAGGACUACGCCAACUCCUUACAUUUUUGCUUCAUAUUCAGGGGCGUCUCCCUGUAAAAUGGACUGCCAUUGAGGCGCUGCUUUACGGAAAAUAUUCUACCAAGAGUGAUGUGUGAGUACAAGAGAGACACGAACACUGCAGUUGAGCUUUAUGAGAAUCGUUUUGUAUGAACUGUUUUCAGAUCUGCAAAAAGUUAUUUGCUUACUUAUCUAUUGUGGUCUUUUAAUUUUGCUGGUGUGAGGUCAUCUCAGUGAGGAAUGGUUAUCUUCAUUUUUCAUAGGUAGUGACCAGGAAUCAACUCCUAUGACCUGUUCACUGUGUUCCUCCCCACCCCAUUCCCCCUUCCCUUCGCCACCAAAGAUGUAUUAACUACACUUUUCGCAAGGAAGAAAUUAUGCUUCCUUAAAUUUAUCCCGUUUGUUUUACAGGUGGAGUUACGGAGUUCUCCUCUAUGAGAUUUUCACGAUUGGUAAGUCACUAGACAGAUUACCAGUCGAGUCAUUUUAGCCUCAGCAAUUGGGGGGACACGAAGUCAUGUAGUAAUCAAGGUUUACCAGUCUCUGUAGAAAUGGUUUUUGGUCAUACCAAGCCAGUUUAGAUUACCUAGGUCACUGGCCCUAGCCGGAAAAAAAAUUGUCAAAAGAAAUAGAUCUCUAGAGUUUUUUAUUUUAGAAUACAUUAACAUUACCUGCUCUAUUCAGGUGGUUCACCGUAUCCAAGGAUAGAUGGAAGAAAAAUUGCAAACUUACUUCAAGAGGGAUACAGAAUGCCUAAACCACAACAUGUGGAUGCUAAGUUGUAUGAUAGUAUCUUAUCAUUGUUCCUUGAUGGCUUUUAUGGUACGUUAGUAUUUGGUCGAGUUGCAUCUGAGCCUUAAGAUAGCUUUACAAGUUGAGCCAGCCUAACGAAGGGAAGUGAAAGAAGAAGUACACCAUUGCGAGUUGAUAUCUCUUGCAUAAAUCUUUUGUCCUUUAUUAUCAAAGUUGGAAGUUCUAGACUAAAAAACUUCGUCGAGGUCGAACCGUUUCUAAUUAAACUUUUUUUUGACGUCCUUUUAGGUAUGACUUAAUGACAAAAUGUUGGAAAGACGACCCUAACUUGAGACCAUCUUUUGAGAAGUUGAGAAAAAAACUCAAAGAAAUGGAAAACCAGCACAAGGUAGAAUUACAGAGUUUACAAAGAGACUCUCUGUGUUUUUCUUUUCCUUUAUAA